AUUGCGAAUGAAUGGAUAAAAUAACAUAACCCUAUGGUCAUUAUCCUAUGCAUUUCUGAUAAAUCUGUCAUUUUAGGAUUAUUCUGUUGUCCGAAUUGAAAAAAAUUGCCAAAUAAAAGCCAUGAACUGCCAAGAUCUGACAAGAACAACAAAAAAAAUUUUGAUCACUGAUUGAAUGUAAUUCGAUAUGAAUCAUAAUCAAUCUGUGCAUGUUUGUGUGUAAUUUGAUCAUCACAGAUUUCCCAUCUUUAUCAUCGACCAUUGAAUGAUUUGAUUCAUAAUCACCGAAAAAAAAUGUCGCAAGAUAAUUAUUAAAAGCAACAAUUCAUCUAUUUGCAUAUACGAUCCUUGUAUUUUUUUUUUUGCUUCUAUAAUCAUCAUAUCAAAAUCAAUCAAUUCGUCCACCAAUGAACACGAAGACAAAGACGAUGGUGAUAAGAUUGUCACCACACACCAUCAACUACCACUAAUACUACGAUAUCAAUACUGAUGAAAAUGAACCACCACCAAAAUUACCCACCACCAUCAAUCAAUUUUGAUACGAUUCGAUUUCGUUUUUUGAUUUUUCCUGUUGAAUUUCACACAAAUUUCUGAAUCUUAAAUAAUCGACAGUUUGUCAAUCAUUCAUUGUGUUGUUAGUCACGACGUCAUCCUAUUUUUUUGGUGACGAAAAAAAAACUUUCACAUACCAAAAAAACCAAAACAAAUCGAAUAGGAAUAGGAACUAUGUUCGAUUAAAGAUCAAUCGGUCAUUUGACUUUCAAAUCAAAUCUAACAUACACCACCCUUCUUCUUCUGAACGCUGGUUCAUCAAUCAAUCAAUCGAUUAUCCUAGGCCAUAAUUAUUGCAUUAUGCUUUCAUCAUCAUCAUCAUCAUCUGUUUUGCAUCGAUAAUUUAUUUCCCAAUUUUAGUGGCUGGUUUUUUCCGUCGCCGCUUUGCACCAAAUUCCACUAUUCAUUUUUUUUUUUUCUUCCGUUCAUUUGUUGUGAUUGGCAUUGAAAAUCGGAAAUUUGAGCAGAAUUAUAAUGGCCACCAUUUCGACAUGGACGUUGUUUUCGUUCCUAAUAAUGAUCAUUUUUACCAAUAAUCAUUCAUCAAUGGUUUUUGGUCAAUCCACGAACACUGUGAUGAAUGGCAGUCUUCAGCCACAGCCGCAGCCGCAAUCAAGUUAUACACUAUCAUCGAUCGAUGAUGUUGAAAUGUUGACCUAUUUCCUUUUAUGGAGAUAUGGAUAUUUCAAUACAAUUUCCGAUCAUCAUCAACAUCAUAAUAAUCGCGGUGAUGAUCAAAAUGAUGAGGACGCAUUGAGCGAAUCAAAAUUACGAGAAUUUAUUGAAAAAAUAAAAAUCAAUCAAUUAAUACCGAAUCAAGGUUUUGGACAAUCAUCAUCAUCGAAUGUCGAUUUGAAAACGAAAAUGUGCUCACCAUCAACAUUGAAAAAUUUAAUGGCAACAAAACGUUGGUGGCCUGGUAGUCAAGAAAAUUCGAAAACAAAACUAAUAUGUGAAGCUGCAAGUAGCUGUAAGAAUGCUAAAAAUCUUGUCGAUUUAGUUGGUUUGAAUUCUGUACGAACACCAACAUUAAGUCAAUCGAUUGCUCGUCUUUGUCCUCUGAUGUUAUUUCAGAUGCAUGAAAAAGAAUGUGUUGAUCAACAGGAAAAUCAAUUCAAAGCGAAGAAUAAACCAUCAUUAGGUUCCGUAUGGGGAUUCGGGUUAUUAUUUGUUACUAUUGUUAGUUUCUGUUCAAUUGCUGGUGUUGGAAUUCUCCCGUUUUUGAGCGAAUAUUCAUAUCAAAUAAUGAUUACGAUAUUGGAAGGAUUAGCUGUCGGCAGUCUGGUUGGAUCGGCAUUAUUCCAUUUGAUACCACAAGCAUUCAAUCUCAUGAUACCGGGUAAUCAUGAAUAUCUAUGGCGUGCUUUAAUCAUUUUCGGCGGUAUUUACAUGUUUUUCUGGUCUGAACGUCUAAUGAAAAUUGUUUCAGAAUUUCGUCGUCGUAAAAAAUCAAAAGAUUUUUCUCUGCCUUCCACAACAAGUCUUGAGAAUGAUCCACAAAAAUUAAGGCAAGUUCACGAUGAUGGUGAACAAAAUCAUCAUCCUCAUCAUCAUCAUAAAGCAAUGGUAACCAUCAAUUGUAAUCAUCAUUAUCAUGGAAGCAAUAAUCAUAUUCAUGAUGGCAACUAUAGUAUGGAUGAUGUGGAUAUCGGUGGUGAUGGCCAUGACCUUAGCAAUUCAAAUAAAUUAUCAUUAAAACAUGAUGGUAAUCAUCAUCAACAUUCUCAUCAUUCACAUUCACACAAUGUUGGUGGUGAAACGAAAGAAAUUGCAACAAUCGCAUGGAUGAUAAUAUUUGGUGAUGGUCUACAUAAUUUUAUCGAUGGUGUUACGAUGGGUGCUGCAUUUUCACAAAGCAUUCUUGAAGGGAUAAGCAUAUCGGUUGCUGUCAUAUGUGAAGAAUUCCCACAUGAAUUGGGUGAUUUUGCCAUAUUACUCGGUUCAGGAAUGUCGAUGCGUAAAGCACUUGGUUAUAAUUUUCUUUCCGCAUGUACAUGUUAUUUGGGUUUUGUAUUUGGUAUAUUCAUUGGUGAUCUAUCCGAUGCAACACCAUAUGUAUUUGCAUUAGCUGCUGGUAUGUUUCUUUACAUUUCACUAGUCGAUAUGAUGGGCGAAUUAUCGAAUAAAUUGGAACAAGCUGGUAAACGUGGCCUUACACAUACCCUUAGAAUGCUUUUAUUACAAAAUCUAGGCAUCAUAAUCGGUGUAAGCAUCAUGUUCGUAUUGGCAAAAUAUAGUGAUCGUAUCAAUUUUGAAGGAUUGGUUCCGCCCAAAAAUUCAGAUAUUCCAUUCACCGAAUCAUAGACAACAAAUUGUGUGUGUGUGUGUUGUUUGUGUGUUUAGAUGCAAUUAUAUUUUUUUCAUAUUUUUUUUUUUUUUCAAACACGAC